UGGAAUGAGGAAGAUUUCAACACUCUCAUUGAAACUGACAAUAAAACAGCUGCUCUGCUGAGGGAUAGGACAAACUGCCUGGAAACUCAUCCUUGUGGCUGGGCUGUAGGUCCGGGGGGCAGUUUGGUGUACUGCUGAAUUUUAGGGUGAUUCUGGUGGUGAUCAUGUAAUGUGUUGGACCCUUUGUUUCUUCUCACAGAACAGCCAGUUCCAACUGUGCCAUGCGGCCGCAGCAGGCACCUGUUUCUGGUAAAGUCUUUGUCCAGCGAGACUACAGUAGUGGCACCAGGUGCCAGUUCCAGACCAAGUUCCCCCUGGAGCUGGAAAACAGGAUUGAUAGGCAGCAGUUUGAAGAGACGGUUCAAACUCUAAAUAACCUUUAUGCAGAAGCUGAGAAGCUUGGGGGCCAAUCUUAUCUUGAAGGAUGUCUGGCCUGUCUGACUGCCUAUACUAUCUUUUUGUGUAUGGAGACACAUUACGAAAAGGUUCUUAAGAAAAUUGCCAAAUUCAUUCAGGAACAGAAUGAGAAGAUCUACGCACCCCAGGGCCUCCUCCUGACGGACCCCAUCGAGAGAGGACUAAGAGUUAUUGAAAUUACCAUUUACGAAGACAGAGGACUGAGCAGUGGAAGAUAAAACUAAGGAGUCUAAGCACCCAGCUAGGUGGUGGACUUGCUGUACCAAAAGGUUCACCUACCUCCUGUCUAGAGCAUCAUUCCUCUCCGUUGCCAGAUCCAUGGUGCAAUCCACUAAAGGACUAACUUCCUAGACUUCUGCUCCACAUGGGGUGAACCUCUGGCUGGUCAGCAUCCAUUUUGUGUCCUUAUGACAAGCUUUAAGUGAUGGGAUCAUCUUAAUUUCCAAGGAAAAGGCAGUUGAGCUGUUUGCACUUGAAAUUAACUGGCAGAUCAGCCACCUGAGAGCAGUACUGUUCCUCCACAGCCACUCAGGCUUUCCUAUACAUCAAACAGACUUCAGAAAGCAACAAGUCUGACUUUGGGAGCAUGUGUGUGUUUCAAAAACAAAAUCUUCACUCCAGAAUAAGUCCUUGGGGGGAGGGGAGUGGGAAGCAGGUAAAUAUGUCCGUUGCACAGAGUGCCUCUGCCUGGCAGCAAGUGACUCAAGGCAUAGAGCAUUUUAAGUUUCCAGAGCUGAUGCUCUCUGGGAAUUAUAAUGCAAAUGCUUUUUGUUUUCAUGUUCUAGUUAUUCCUAAGAACCAUUAGCUAACAUUAUUGCUGGGUGUUUUGCUACUGUUUGAGAAUCUACUGCAUUGUCCUAAAUUUAUAGGAGGAGAUAGUGUAUUGCUUGUUUCAUUAAGCUAUGUAAGCACAAUAAAAUGAAUGCUGAACCAAUUAAUGUAACCAUCCCUACUCUAUCCCUUAAUGUUUAAUAUGUGAAGUGUAAUAAACUUUAUGGUUUUAUUAUAAAUAUAAUUUAUAGGAAAAUUUGAUUUGACAACGUAUUAGAUAGGGUGUAAGAUAGUUUCUUAACUCUAGUCACUGGCAAACUGCUGAAGAGUAGAGCUGUGCAGUAUGUCGUAUUUCCCAUGCAUAAACAUUCCUCAGCAACGUCUGUUAAAAUACCUUGGGCAUCUUCUAAGUAAAACUUCCUACAAAUCAA